AGGGUUACACAUCGUUCUGGAAUGAUUGCAUCUCCUCAGGAUUGCGUGGCUGCAUGUUAAUCGAGUUGGCAUUGCGGGGGUUUUUUCGGAAUGAGGCGCAAGAGUCUGUUAACAAGAAAGGUGAUUUGCAAGUCAGAUGCUCCUACUGGGGAUGUUUUGCUUGAUGAAGCUCUGAAACACAUAAAAGAGACCCAACCUCCUGAAACAGUACAAAAUUGGAUUGAACUGCUUAGUGGUGAAACAUGGAACCCACUGAAGUUGCACUACCAACUACGAAAUGUCCGUGAACGAUUAGCUAAAAAUCUAGUGGAAAAAGGUGUAUUGACAACAGAGAAACAGAACUUCCUCCUUUUUGACAUGACCACGCACCCUCUCACCAACAACAACAUCAAACAGCGCCUCAUCAAGAAGGUUCAGGAAGCAGUUCUUGACAAGUGGGUGAACGACCCUCACCGCAUGGACAAGCGCUUGCUGGCACUCGUGUACUUAGCCCACGCGUCGGAUGUUCUGGAGAACGCUUUUGCCCCCCUCCUGGAUGAGCAGUAUGAUUUAGCCACAAAGAGAGUGCGGCAGCUUCUGGAUUUAGACCCUGAGGUUGAAUGUAUGAAAACCAACACGAAUGAGGUUCUGUGGGCUGUUGUGGCAGCUUUCACAAAAUAACUGCAUUCAGACUGAAGUGUUCUCUCUCUUCUUUUCAUGUAAACCAGUUGUUUCUCUCCUAUUGAGUAUUCAUGUUUUUCUGUAAUUUGUACCUUCUCACAUGCUGAAUUGGCUCUCGUUUAAUGGGAAUUAUAAGUGGUGUAGUCCCCACUUCUCUGUUAAUCUGUAUACAGGAUUCUGCUGGUACAAGAGACUUUGCUGUUUAAAAACAACAGAAAAAGGUUUAACUGCCAUAUUGGCAUUCCAUUUCCUAUUCAGUUUGAGUUACCCUAAGUACUUUGUUUAGUCUAUUUUUCAGCUCAUUGUUCUUGAAAUGGUUUAAGUCACCAAAGCUCCAUGUUGAAGUGUCUGUCAGGACAUUUUAUACACAGAUGUUUUCAAUUAUAUCUAACAAAAUUACUUCAAAAGCAGAAAUGCCAUUAGGCAGCUUUGUCAAUAGUUCCUGUAAAAUGCCCCAUAGAUUUUACUUUUCAUGCAAGUCUCUUGUGUACUUAUAUUUUCAUUAGAGUGAUAGCUGAGUCAUAAGGCUAGCAUAGAAAGGUCCAAUUGUUUCAUAAGCCAGUUUGGGGAUGGGAUACAUUCCAUUAUGUUGUAUAUAUAGUUCAAAUUGUAUAUUAACAACUGCCCCAUCUUAGUAUUUUGCAAGAUCUACUUGUACACCUGGUGCCCCUUAACUUGCUGUCAGCCAUUGCCAUUCAGUGGAAGGAAAGGCCUCCUGCCAAGGUCAUGUAUGUGAAAGCUGUUUGUUUCCAGAGUCUCUAGAGUUUGCCAUCCAGGUAUUCUCAGUCUAUGCAUUGCCUUUGAAAA